AAUUGAGAUGAUGUAACGUAUGAAAAGGACAAAAAAUGAGUGCUCCGACCCAAUUACUAGACAGCGACGUCACCUUAUGCAAUGCAAAAACGAAACACCAUAUUAUUAUUAGAACAGAAGUUGGACAACGAGGGCAAGACGAAGAAUGCGUAAAUAAUGGCACUUUUAGUAGUUUACCACCCAAUACAGUUUUACAUUUAAGCUUUAUUCCUAGGUCUCGAUUAUCAAAGGCAGGGUAUUUGACGUGUGUGUGCGGUCAUGGAAGUAUGUAUGAUAAUCAUACGACCAGCUCCAUUUCUGAGGUUUCAACAAGGUGUCACUUUCGCACGAAGAGAGAAAUGAUAGCGUGGAUUAAGGGUAAGAAAGACGCGAUUGGGUACAAGAGAAACGACAAAUUGGAGUUUAUUGGUCAACUGAAAUCAAUGGAGUUAAUAAGUCCAGUUUUAGAGACGGUGUAUUUAGCGGUAGAGUGUAAGAGUGGCGACGUGCUUCCAGCUCACAGUGACGCGUUAAAGAAAGAUGGAACUUUGGAAUAUGUUGUAGUCCGGUUAGAAUACCCUGUUAACAAUUACUAUGUUGUACAUCCAAAGAGGGCUGAAUCAUGUAGCUCCGUUUCUGGUGCUGGAGUUCCUAAGUCAAUGGUUUCUGAGUUUGCAGAGCAGCCUAUUCCUAUUAUCUUUAAGAAAGGAUGGUUAAAAAGAUCAGACCGCGUGUUACACUUUAUACAUGACUUUGAGUGUAGUGAUUCGGACCCUCGAGGAUACGAUGGAUUCGCUAGACAAGUAUGCGAGGACAGCGUUGGCGAUUAUAUAUCAGAAAUGGCGUCCUUGAAAAGGAUGAAUAAGAAUCGUUAUCAUCAAAAUCAAUUAGUAUUUGGAAUUUCAGAGGGUCGACGAUUUGGACGAGUUAUAAACAUUGUUACCAACAGAGUUAGAUGUUUCGACGAUUUAGAGUUAUAUUUCAAAGGUGCAUGUGAGUUAGGGGAUUAUGAUACUGUGUUGCUUGGCAGCGGGAUUUAUGGAUACGGUCGAGAAGACGUGAAAGGUCGUCUAUUUAAUCUUCAAAAUCUAUUAAUUGAGAGAAGGAUUAGGCUUUAUGUAUGGCUGGGGGAGAAUGAACGAGGGUUUGAAGACUACGUAGAUGAUCAGGAUGAUAAGUCGGUUGCAACUAGUAUAAAUAUUCAAGACGAUAUAGAACUCGAAUCAGAUGAUACGACCUUAGAUGAUGUGAAUGACAACACUACUUACCUGCAGGAGUUUAUGGCGGAGGGAGGGGUUAAAGAUAUUAAUGACUACGCUAUGGAUAGUUUAACACUAUCAGGUCGAAGUAGCCAGAGGUUGAGUACAUCUAAUAAAGGGGUAGGUGGAAAGGUGUUAGAGUCUAUGACGGUUAGUGAUCACCAGGUGAAGGAUCCGAUGUUACACUCGCGGGUGUCAGCAUUAUCACUUAUUGAUUUUGAGCUAUUAAAGUUUUGUUUCGAAUCAGGGGAUUCUGAUUUGCGUCAAGCGGCUAAAUCAAUUAUGUUAAAGCAUUUACAUAGGUUGUGACACUGCGGGAUGUGAUUGGGGAGGUGCGUAAUUGCUACUGCUCAUUUAUAUAAAGGUUCAAAAAAAAAAAAAGAAAAAAAUGUAGGUCGCGACUUUUAACCUUCCAGUACUCGCGCCAAGUCUCCCAGACCCGACGCGUGUUUGAGUGUAAAUUUUAAAGUGCGCAGAUCAUGCUGAGCGUUGCGGCUCUGACUAGCUUUAUGUAUUCGCAUUUAGUAUACGAUUGUCAAGUGUCGGGUUAAAACGUACGUUAGUUUUUAUUUUAUAAAGGCAUAAAGUCUAUCAGACCCAGCGCGAGUAGUGGUGUUAUUGUAUGUGUUACUUUUCUGGAUUGUUAAAUUUAGUUUAUUCUUGAAGAAUAGUUCAAGGCAUUGCAAUUGCGAAAAAGAUAAUGGGGGAUUAUGAAAAAGAACAGGCGCGCCUGCUACGCCUGUUUGAAGAAGUAGAACCCGAUGAAGACCCGAUCGAUGAGGAAUCUGAAAAUGAGGAAGAUGGAAUUGAAGCUCAGUUAGAGAAUAGUGACACAGAGCAAGACGCGGAUUCAUCUGACAGCGAGGGAAAUGAGGAAGGUUCUUCAAAAACGACCAGAGUGCCUUCAUUUACCGGAAAGGACGGACAAACAGUCUGGAAAAAAUCUGUUCCUAACAGAAAAGUUCGAACCCGACGUCACAACAUUGUGAUUCAUCUGCCUGGUGUAAGACCGCAUGGUAAGCAUGCAACGACUGCUAUGGAAUGUUGGGGUCUCUUUUUUUCGAGGGAAAUAUUAGAAUUACUGGUCGAAAAUACAAACAAAAUGAUCAACAGAGUUGCUGAUCAUUUUUCCAGAUCUAGAGACGCAAAACCUACGGAUUUGGUUGAAAUAAAAGCUCUGUUAGGCCUCUUAUACUUGGCGGGAUGCCUCAAAAGUAGUCGCCUUAGUGUUGAGGAAUUGUGGACCACAGACGGGACAGGUGUUGAAAGAUUUUGGUUAACAAUGUCCAAGGAGAGGUUUCUGUUUUUACUAAGAUACUUGCGUUUUGACGACAAAGAGACAAGAGAACAGCGUAGAGCAAUCGAUAAAUUAGCUCCAAUUAGGAAUCUAUUUGACAUUUUUGUGGAAAAUUGCAAAAAAUAUUAUACAGUGAGUGAGUACACUACGAUUGACGAAAAACUUGAGGCUUUUCGGGGACGUUGUGGUUUUAAACAAUAUAUACCCAACAAGCCUAGUAAAUAUGGAGUAAAGAUUUUUGCGUUGGUGGAUGCUAAAACAAUGUACACACAAAAUUUGGAGGUGUAUGUUGGAAAACAACCAGAUGGCCCUUAUUGUUUCCCAAAUGAUGCUAAGAGCAUUGUUGAAAGAAUUGUUGCUCCCAUAUCAGGAACUGGGCGAAACGUAACUUGUGAUAAUUGGUUCACCUCAUUCCCUCUUAUUUUAAAACUUAAAACAGAUCACAAAUUAACGCUAGUGGGAACAGUGAGGAAGAAUAAAAAAGAACUGCCAGCUGAAUUCGUGAAUACCAAAGCUCGCCCUCUUCAAUCAACAAUGUUUGGUUUUCAAGAAGAGACAACCAUACUCUCCUAUGUGCCAAAAAAGGGAAAGAACGUUAUCCUUGCUUCGAGCAUGCACCACGAUGAUAAAAUCGACAUGUCCACGGGGGAAAAAUUCAAGCCCGAAAUAAUAACCUUUUACAACUGCACAAAAGGCGGAGUCGACACAGUCGAUAAACUAUGUGCUACUUACAAUGUGGCACGGAAUACACGACGUUGGCCGAUGGUCAUCUUCUUUUCACUUAUGAACCUAGCUGGAAUUAAUUCCCAGAUUAUUGCUAAAGCAAAUGGCAGCAGCAACGUAAGUGUUAGAAGACUAUAUUUAAAAAAUUUGGCUUUGGCGUUAACCGAAGAUCAUCUGAGACGCCGUGCUCAGGUUACAAAUAUCCCACGAAGAGUGCGUGAGAGAAGACAGGAAGUAGCAGGUAUAAGUUCUUCCACGGUUGUAGCUCCCUCACCACCUGGGACAAGAAAAAGGUGUCAUUUUUGCUCUAAAGACAGUAAAACAAAAUAUACCUGUAAGAAGUGCAACAAAUUUCUGUGUUUAAGCCACGCUGAAAUGUUGUGUCCGCAAUGUGUACGUAUUCAUGAAGAAGAGUUUUAGAUCUUAAUUUUUGUAAAAGCAGCUUGUAUGUUUUUAAGCCUUAUAGCAAUAUC